AGUAUAAUGUGAAGACUCAAUGUGUAAGGACCACUUUGCUUCUCGAGACACAACAAACAUGUAUACCCUAAAUCUGUAUAUUCUGAUUGCUUUUUUGAGUGUCACGCUGGGCCAAAAGCGUGAAUAUUAUUAUCAACAGCCCGUUACAAGUCAUGGUCCGCCGUAUAAAGAACUCGAAACAAUUUAUGAAUGGAAGAAUUUGGUAUUUGGUUUUCCCAAUGAUGCGGAACAGUCUAGAGCUCUGGAAAGAGGUCGCUAUAAGCCCGAGAGUCCCAUACCCAUAGACAUUGAUGUGUAUUAUCCAUCCAAUGGUGGUCCUGCGCGACAUUUUGUAACUGCCCCUCGUUUCGGUCAGGGUGUGCCCUAUUCCCUGGCCUAUGUUAGUCCAGUGCAACAAGAAAAUGGCAGUGUUCUUCAGGCCUAUCCUAGCUAUGAUUGGCAUAGUUCCCAUGGCGCCGAUUGCGAUGGUCUGACAUCUGUUUACCGUGUUCACAUCGAUUCCUGUGGCCAAAUGUGGAUAUUGGAUAGUGGUGAGAUUCAAUUUGUCCAGCAUUGUGCUCCGCAAGUCGUGGUUAUAGAUUUGGCUACAAAUCAACUGAUACAUCGAUAUCGUCUACCGGAGAACGUGUACAAGGCAAAAAUCAGUCGUUUUGUGACCAUACUGGCGGAUAUCAAAGAUCCUUGGCCUCAGGGACAGUGCACACAAGCUUUUGUUUACCUCUGCGAUCCCACUGGCAUGGGUAUCGUAGUCUAUGAUGUGCUGGGCAAUUCAUCGUGGCGCGUGGAGAAUAAGUUCACCUAUCCAGAUCCCAGAUUUGGUACUCACACUGUCAUGGGCGAGAGUUUUGAGCUUCUGGAUGGGGCUUUUACUGUAGCCGUGACUCCUUCGGGGUUGGGUCUGCAUCGACAUCUCAUCUUCCAUGCUCUGUCCAAUGAAGUGGAGAUAGCUGUUCCGUUGGAUGUGCUAAAUAAUUCCACCAACUGGCAGAGCGGCAUCAGUUCGUCGCUUAAGGAGUUUAAGGUCCUCGGACGACGUGGUGUACAAUGUGGAGCCAUGGCGAUAAGUCAGCAGGGCAUUUGGUUUUGUGGUUUCUUGGAACCUAUUGGCAUAUACGGCUGGAAUAUACGAACACCCUACACGAAUUCAAAUCUCAAACUGCUGGCACAUAAUCCACAAACACUGCAAUUUAUCAGUGGCAUGAAAAUUAUCCGUCGUCCCCGGGAUGGGGCCGAGGAGCUGUGGAUACUAUCCAAUCGUCUUCAAAAGGCAUUCACAGGUGCCCUCAACUACAGCGAGAUCAAUUAUCGUGUGCAACGCUGCGACGUGGAUGACAUGCUGCAGGGACGGGCUUUGCCGCUUCGAGUCUACCUGCUGCGUGUCAGUCUUAACGCAUCGUCCGAACGGCUUGGACGAAGAUUAUCUGCAUUUCUUAGCAUUCCAAUGGCGAGAAUCCAAGCCAUCUGCAUCUGCAUUCAGAUUUCGAUUUUGUUUGCUGCCAAGGCACAGGAAUUGCAAUUGAAACAGCUCCGAACGCUGCACAAAUGGACAAAUCUAAGCAAUUUUCUACCAGUAGAUGUGGAUAUGGAGUACGGGGAUGAGGGCAGACAUCGCACGUUCCUCACAAUUCCACGCCUAAACGCCGGCACACCCUUCACACUGGCCACCGUGGCUGCCAGUGAUAAUGAAGUCGUUGAAAAUCCUCGACUGGUAGCCUAUCCAAAUAUGGCCUGGCAUUUGCCACCAAAUAACUGCUCUGGCAUCAUCUCCGCCAUGCGUACCUAUAUUGAUGAAUGUUGGCGCUUAUGGGUAGUAGAUUCCGGUCAGAUAAACUCCCUCCAGCUUUGUCCGCCACAAAUUCUAACUUUCGACUUGAUUAAGGAUGAAUUAGUGCAACGUCAUGCAUUGCCUCCACACAACUAUGUGCCUGGCAUUUCUAUUUUCACCAGCCUGACAGUGGAUCUUAGUGAUGGCCAAUGCUUGGGUGGCCGAGCCUAUGUUGCCGAUGCCUGGGGCUAUGGUCUGAUCGUGUACGAUUCCCUGACGGGUAAGUCCUGGCGUAUUGAAGACAAGACCAUGCAACCAUCCUCACUAGAAGCUCUGCCACGUCAGGCUGGGAUAUUCACUGUGAGCCUUAGUCCCAGUGAAGAAAAGGACAGAUUUCUUUACUUCCACACUCUGAAUGGUUUCAAUGAAUUGGCGAUUCCACUGACCCUGGUAAACAAUGCCAGCUACUGGUCAGUUUCCAACUCCAGCAAGAAUCGAGAUAUUCGUAGCCUUGGCACCCGCGGAACUCAAUGUGAGUCGGAGGUAAUGGACAGUGACGGAAAUCUCUACUGCAGUCUCAUUAGUUUGGGUGCCUUGAUUAAAUGGCAGGAGCACACCCAAUAUACACCAGAUGAUCUACGCGUUGUGGCCUACAAUCCACACCAGUUAAAAUUUAUCACUGGCCUUAAAAUCAAUCGCAAUUCCCGGGGCGAAAAUGAACUUUGGGCUCUGAGCAGCGAGCCAAAACUCUUUGUGGGCGGCAUUGUGCGGGAAAAUGAUAUCAAAUUUCAAAUUGUUGGCUGUCGGACAGCGGAUCUGUUGGCCAACACACCCUGUACAGUGGGUGCAGGCAUAGGAGAUCAAAUUAAGACCUUGCAAUAAGGCCUAAUUCAACUUUCAAAAUUAUAUUUUUAGAGUUGGUAUUCAAGUGGCGUCUCGCUUAAAAAAAAAAACGAAAUAUU